AUGCGUUCGAGACCGGAGACGCCAAUAAGCCUCGACGAAGCCACGCUUCAAUCCAUUCCCUCGUUCAUGGAGACGCAACCAACCAUCCUAGAUGCUCUCUUACCCGCAGAAGGAGGUCGCAACUUCACCAAAAGCUUUCACCCAAUUCGAUGUUUGAACAAAGUGUCAAUAAAUGUAUUCGUACGUAUGAUCUGUGAAAAUUCUACUUGUAAGAUGUCCACAAAGAAGCAAAGUUCGCUGUUUUCGUUCUUCACGCCGAAGUCUGGAGGAACGCAAUCAGCCUCGGCGAAAUCCUAUUCAGUUAAAGAAUCUGUGAAGAAGGAAGUAAUUGUUAAUGAGGACAUUGAAGAGGACUCUCGAAGGUUGAAACGGGUGAACAACGAGGAUGACUACUCUCCAAUUGCUCGUGGUAAAGUAACUGUCAAGAGGAGAAGGGUAAUCGUUUCUUCUGACGAAGAAGACAAUGUGGAUGAAAAUCUUUUAGCGGUUCGAACACCACCUUCGACAUUACAAAUUACUACAUCAACUCCGGUUUCUCUGGCUCCUAACAUAUCUACACCGAAGACUGCGCGCGGAUAUCGACCCCUGAAAGAGUGUUCUACUCCGAUGUCAACAAUGCAAGCUGAAUCCUUCAUUGACUCUUUCCGCGUUUGCGAGGAGGAUAUGGAUAUUUCUGCGGCAUCCGUUGACACACUAGAUAGAACGAUAUAUCAGGUUGAUCCUGCCAGUCGUAGAUUAAAAGAUGAUCAGUUACCCAUGACGAGUGAUGAGAAAUUCAUGCACGAAACGCUGCCCUUUUUGAAGCCAGAUAAAAUUCGUGACGCGCAAGGUCAUCGUCCGAACGAAGACGACUACGAUCCAACAACGCUGUUUGUUCCAGCCGAUUUCCUGAAAGGGCAAACUCCUGUCUUGUUGUUCAAAGUUGGGAAGUUUUAUGAACUGUACCAUAUGGACGCUGUGAUUGCUGUGGAAUGUCUUGGCCUUACCUUCAUGAGGGGUUCAUUUGCCCAUGCAGGCUUCCCGGAGCCAGCUUACGGCAAGUUCGCUGACCAGUUGGUGUCCCGCGGAUAUAAAGUUGCUCGAAUAGAACAGACGGAAACUCCGCAACAACUGGAAGAACGAAAUCGUACGGCAAAUGGAGGGAAGGAGAAGGUAGUGCGAAGGGAAGUGUGCCGCGUUACUACGAGUGGUACUCGCACGUAUGCCGUGUUGGAUGGGUGUAACCUUUAUGGAGGAGAGACAGAUAAUGGAGAAACCCAAUCAAAGUAUUUGCUUAGCAUCAAGGAAAUGGUUGAAGGCAAUGUAUCCUCAUAUGGAAUCUGCUUCGUAGACACUUCAGUAGGCAAGUUUAUCUUGGGAGAGUUCCGUGACGACGACUACAGCUCGUACUUACGCACGCUCAUAGCCAACUUCACACCUGUACAGGUAGUUUUCGAAAGGGGACAUCUUUCUGCGUGCUGUAAGGCGAUUCUAAAUGGUGUACUAAAUUCUGUACAAAAAGAAGGAUUGUCGCCAAAGAGGCAGUUUUUCGAUGCGGAGGACACACUAAAACUAUUGGCCAAUGACAAGUAUCUUGGAGCUGAUCAUCACACAUGGCCGGAAACAUUACGUAAUAUGCUAGUCUCGGAUUCGGUUGUUGCAAAACCGAGAUUGGACUCAUUGCUUGCUCUAAGUGCGCUUGGAGCAGUGUUAUAUUACCUGCAGAGGUGCCUCAUCGAUGUAGAUAUGUUCACCAUGCGUGAUUUCACGGCCCUGGAACCCUUAGAAAAAAGCUUUAAAUUAGAUCGCGAAUGGACAAAUCGGCAGAUGAUUUUGGAUGGAAUAACAAUUGAGAAUCUGAACCUUGUUCCUGGAGAUAGUCGAGAUACACAAGCAGCGUCGCUGUCACUAUACAGCACAGUAAAUAAAUGCCAGACUCCUUUUGGUAAACGACUUCUGCGCCAAUGGAUAUGUGCGCCAAUAUGUGACGUAAAUAUUCUGAAGGCUCGUCAAGAAGCGGUCGAGUGGUUGAUAUCUCCAGCUGCUGCGCGAUUUAAUGAAAAAGCAAGCGAAUUGCUUCGAAAGAUGCCAGAUUUGGAGCGGCUUUUGCAAAAGAUUCAUACAUUGGGGCUCAAAUAUCGCGCUGAAUCCCAUCCUGAUAGUCGUGCAGUUAUGUUCGAAGCAGCGAACUAUAACAAACGCAAAAUCAAAGAUCUUCUCACCACACUAGCAGGUUUUCAAGCUUGUUACGAUCUUAUUAUGGUUUAUGACAAACUACGACAAGAUCAGGAUGGAUGUUUGCUGCUUGACCAGUUUCUUGGAUUAGACGAUGAAGUGGAUCUAUACACUCAUUUGGAACACUUUGCUAAGUCUUUCAACUCUACCGUAGCGGAGAAGGAAGGAGUGAUUGUUCCACAAAAAGGCCACGAUGAAGAAUACGAUAAUGCUUGUCGAAGUGUAAAUCUAGCGAUGCAGCAAUUAGAUCUUUACAGGAAGGAGCAGGAAAACAAACUUCGGUGCAAGAUCAGUUAUUUCGGCAGUGGAAGAAAUAGAUUCCAAAUGGAAAUACCCGAAAACGUCAGUCUCCCACAUAGCUAUGAAAUGAAGUCUCGCAGAAAGGGAUUUGGCCGAUAUACAACAGAAGAGCUCGAUGAUCUGAUCGAAGCUGUAUUCAAAGCUGAGGCCUACAAGGACCAGCAACGAGAUGACGCGACGCGAAGAGUAUUUUCUGAUUUCGAUAGUCGGCGGCCGAUUUGGUCUAAUGUGUUGGGUCGCAUCGCGCAGGUGGACGUCUUACUCUCAUUGGCUCGUUAUUGCCAAACAUGUGGGCUUGCGGUUUGUCGCCCUCAGUUUGUCAGCAAUGCAGAGAAGCCUUUCUUGAUAAUCGAAGAAGGGUAUCAUCCAUGUCUGGCUGUGAAACUCCCAAUUAAUGAAGCAACAUCAGCCUGCACUUACAUAGCGAAUGAUUCAUUGCUGGGUGGAGAUCAUCCUCCAACAGUUUUGUUGACUGGUCCAAACAUGGGUGGGAAGUCCACGCUGAUGAGACAAGUGGCCGUUCUGACCGUCCUCGCGCACAUGGGUUCUUUGGUACCUGCUGGUUCGAUGCGUUUGUCUCCGGUGGACAGAAUCUUCACCAGAAUUGGUGCAAACGAUCGUAUUACAUGUGCUCAAUCGACAUUUUUUGUUGAGCUAAAGGAGACUCUGAUAAUCUUGCGAAAUGCGACAAAGCACUCUCUUGUUCUCAUUGAUGAAUUAGGAAGAGGUACAAGCACUUUUGAUGGCACCGCUAUUGCUUCUGCUGUUUUAUCGGAUAUAUCUCGGCGUAUCCAGUGUCGUUCAUUCUUUUCGACUCAUUACCACUCACUCUGCAGAGCAGCUUCAGUUAACCCUAAUGUCACUCUAGCACACAUGGCAUGUAUGGUAGAAAACGAGAAUGAAAGUAACCCAACUGAAGAAAGUGUGACCUUCCUAUAUCGCCUCACAAGCGGUGUAUGUCCUAAAUCUUAUGGCUUUUACGCUGCUCGUCUUGCCGGAGUGAGGCUUGAGGUAGUGAAAGAUGCUUACAAUGCAAGUGCUAUGUUAUUUGAUUCUGUAACUCACAAGAAGAUGGCAAUUGCUGCGGUCAAGGCAGUUGCACGUGCUGGUGGAUCCUUAGAGCAACUGCGUAAUAUGGUCGAAGCUUUAUGA